GCGGAGAGCCGCAGCUGCGAUCCCCGCGGGAAGCCGAAACUUUCUCGGAAAGACGGGAGGCGAAGGCAAGAAAGAAAGAAAGAAAGAAAGAAGGCCAGAAAGGAAGAGUUAGGUGCCCAAAGUCUUGGAGAGCUUUUGAACGCCGGGCCAUGUGAGAACCGGUGGCAGAAUCGUUUCUGCCUUCUGCUUGUGGGCAAAAUGUCCAGAUUGAGGUGAACCCGACUCAGCAAGACUUUGCAAAGAAGCUCUUGCUAAAACAGGCGGUGUGUGUUUACCAGCCUCUCCUAGUGUGAAGUUGUGGUCACCCGGAAGAUCUCCCAAGCAUCUGCAGCCAGAAGGUCACGUGGCCCAUGGACAAGUGGACAGGGGUCUUCUAACCAGUGGGAUGGAGGACACAGUCUCCAAGGAAGAGACCCAGCCUCUCCCCUCCCCGAAGGGGCCUUCGGACUGCAAAGAUGGAAACGAUUGUACGGAGAACCGACACCUCCUGGACAAAGCCACCAAGCCAACCUUGGAACUGACCGAUGGGGUCCAGAAACCCAACCCAGCCAGCCAUGGGGAAAAUCGGGCCACCAAUCCGGUGUCCAAUGGCUUCUCUGGAGCCCAGAGUCCACUCGGUCCGGGCAAGGUGGCAGGAGACACCCUGGGCCUCCCCUCCGGACCCUCCCCUGGCCUGCCAACCACCGCCAUCUUCGGGGUGGUAGGAUCUCAACCGCCCUUGACGGAACAGCGGGAGAGAGAGACCUGGAGUAAAAAAAUGGACUUUCUACUCUCGGUUAUCGGUUACGCGGUAGACCUGGGCAACGUUUGGCGCUUUCCAUACAUAUGUUACCAAAAUGGUGGAGGGGCCUUCCUCAUACCGUACGCAAUCAUGGCCAUCUUUGGAGGAAUCCCCCUCUUCUACAUGGAGCUGGCGCUGGGGCAGUAUCACCGCCAUGGCUGCAUCUCCAUCUGGAGGAAGAUCUGCCCCAUCUUCAAAGGAAUCGGCUACGCCAUCUGCAUCAUUGCCUUCUACGUGGCCUCCUACUACAACACCAUCAUGGCAUGGGCUUUGUAUUACCUCGUCUCCUCCUUCCGCAGCGACCUGCCCUGGGUCAGCUGCGACAACGCCUGGAACACCCCGAACUGCAUGAGUUACUUCUCCAACCAGAGCAUCGCUUGGACGGCCAACUCCUCGUCCCCGGCCGAAGAAUUCUAUACCCGCCACGUUCUGCAGCUCCACCGAGCGAAGGGCCUGGAGGACCUGGGCGGCAUCAGCUGGCAGCUGACCCUCUGCCUGCUCUUCAUCUUCACCAUCGUCUACUUCAGCAUCUGGAAAGGGGUCAAAACAUCUGGAAAGGUGGUCUGGGUGACGGCCACCUUCCCUUACGCCAUUCUCCUCAUCCUCUUGAUCCGUGGAGCCACCUUACCUGGAGCCUGGAAGGGGGUCCUCUACUACCUGCAGCCCGAUUGGAAGAAACUUCUCACGACUCACGUGUGGGUGGACGCAGCGGCCCAGAUCUUCUUCUCCCUCGGGCCCGGAUUCGGGGUCCUCCUGGCUUUUGCGAGCUACAACAAGUUCCACAACAACUGCUAUCAAGAUGCCCUCGUCACCAGCGCCAUCAACUGCCUCACGAGUUUCCUCGCAGGAUUCGUCAUCUUCACGGUCCUGGGCUACAUGGCGGAGAUGAGGAAGCUGCCGGUCUCCGAAGUCGCGAAAGAUACAGGACCCAGCCUCCUCUUCAUCACCUACGCCGAGGCCAUCGCCAACAUGCCUGCGUCCACUUUCUUCGCCAUCAUUUUCUUCCUGAUGUUGAUCACCCUCGGACUGGACAGCACGUUUGCAGGCCUGGAAGGGGUCAUUACCGGCGUGCUGGAUGAAUUCCCCCACAUCUGGGGCAAACAACGGGAAUGGUUUGUGCUCAUCUUGAUCGUGACCUGCUUCAUGGGCUCUUUGUCCACGCUGACUUUUGGUGGGGCCUACGUGGUGAAGCUCUUCGAAGAAUACGCCACGGGGCCGGCUGUGAUAGCUGUGGUGUUUCUGGAAUCCAUCGCCGUGGCUUGGUUCUAUGGAGUCACCCAGUUUUGCAGCGAAGUGAAGGAGAUGCUGGGCUUCGCCCCUGGCUGGUUCUGGAGGAUCUGUUGGGUGGUCAUCAGCCCUGCUUUCAUCCUGUUCAUCCUCUGCAGCUUCGUAGCCAGCCCUCCGGAGAUCCGCCUCUUUGACUACAGUUACCCCUACUGGACCAUGGUGCUGGGCUAUUGCAUUGGGACUUCCUCCUUCAUCUGCAUCCCUGCCUACAUGAUUUAUCGGUUGGCAAGGACUCCCGGGACGUUGAAAGAGCGUCUCCUGAAGAGCAUCACCCCCGAAACGUCCACGGAGGUUCCCUUCGACGGGAUCCACAUGAAUGCGGCUUAGGCUGCUCCCCCCCCCCCGCCCACAUUUUGGAUGGAGGGGGAGAAAAGGAGAGGCGAGGUAAAGGGGCCGAAUCCUGCCUCCCGUUUGCUUUCCAAAGCUCUAUUCCAAAGACGGGAAUGUCCAGGAGGACCAAGGAAGAGCUACGAGCGAUUCCAGAGAAAACACACACACACGGGCAGGCAGGGGGGAGCCCGCGUUUGGUCCCCGGGCUCUUCCGAAUGGCCGUGACUUUCUUUUUUGAACACUUGAGUGCAAGUGAAAAUACGCGUCCCCUGGACUCGGAGUUGUCUGAAUGCAUGUGUGGUUUUUCCCUCCGGCCUUCGUCGGGCCUCUGUGCAAGUUAAGAGUGUCUACUUUAAGAGCCAUCUCUGUGCAAACCUCGUCCGUUGUGUGAGUCCCCUUUUGUGAUAAACCCUCUGUUGUGUGGUUGCAAAGAAAUCUCAGGGUUUUUUCCCCCCCACCACCUAGGUGGGGGGGAAAAACCGACCCCCAAAAACAAAACAGAAAGCAGGAAACGGUCCAUCCAGGUUUGUUCAUCGUGAUCUUAGCUUAAUCCUAGCCAAAGGCCAGCUCGAACCCUACACGAGAGAGCUUAGGGCAGGCUGAGUUUAAAAAGGCCACCUGGCCAAAACUUCUGGAAAAUGAAGGUGUGGGGGGGGGAUUAAAAUCCCCGCAGCUGGAAAACUAGCAUUGCAUGGAGCUCCAAAGAGACAAGCCCUCCUUGAGAAAACCAUGUGUGUGUGUGUGUGUAUAUGUGUGUGUUUGUAUGUAUGCGUGGCUUGGUGUGGUUUUCCUGAACCGAAGGGGUGUGUGGAUCCCACAUCUGAAAGCGGUCCAGUCUAAGCUAGGCUGGCUCAGGAGAGCCUAAGUAGGGGGUUGGACUAGAAGACCUCCAAGGUCCCUUCCAACUCUUGUUAAUUCUAUUCUUAUUAUGGAAUCCUCCUUAUUCUAGACUUUUUAUGUUGAAGAGUUGGUUGUAAUUGAAUUGCAGGCUCACAUCUCCCACUCCGUGUGUGUCCCCCCCCACAUCUGAAGAAGGUGAGGAGGUAGGAAGUGCUCAAUGAACAGUAGCCAGAUGUUCUCUCCCCAGCUGGAUCUAGUUCCCUCUGCCCACAAAACGCAGGCUCCAGUAGACCCCUGAAAUUAUAUAUGUACUUCGGGGUCCUUGGUGUGCUCUGAGGUCAGCGGUUUUCUUGCAGGCGUUUCAUCACCAUACUGGGAAAGAUCAUCAGUGCUUAGAAGAGAGUGGGGCAUUGCUCACUCUAAGCCUUGCAAAGAGCACACUGAUGAUGUUACCUAGUUCGGUAAUGAGAUGUCUGCAAGGAAACAAGCUCAGGGAACACAAAGGACCCCACAGGCCUCCUCCUCCUCCUCCUGUCCACAAACCCCACACCCUUCUAGCACUGAUGAUGUUCCCUGGUUGGGUCAUGAAACGUCUGCCAGAAAACCACCAAGCUCCGAGAGCACCAAGGACCCCACAGUCAUUCUCUUCCUCUUCCUUCUUCUCCUCUCCACAAACCCCUUGUUGUGACUCCAGCCCCCGAACCUGGCCCCAUGCCGGAAAGUGACUCCGAGAGUGAGGGGGAAGGGCCAAUAAGGCUUACCUCGGGAGCACCGAUUCCUUUGGCUCGGCUCCAGGAGCCAGAACCAGACCAGUCGGAGGACGUAAUGAGGCCGUCAUCCCCUGAUUCCUCCCUUCCCUAGGCUACGCCUUCAGACCCAGCUGAUAAUAAUAAUAAUCAAGCUUGGCUUGACCCGCGCUUCAGAAGAUUAGAGAGGCUGCGUCAUCAAAAGGAAGGGUGGGGCAGGAGCCGCACCCCACAGGAUAUAUAAGGAGCUUUGGGACUGCUCUCACUCCACGGGAAGCAAAAGUUUAGCUGAACCAUUUCAAAAAGAGCUGAAAGUCUUGCUACGUGAGUCAUUUGUUUGAACUUCGGCAGGCAGCUGCGAUUUCUCUGCCAGGACUGAUGAGAGCCGUGAAUCCACUGGCUGAAAGCCAGUUCGUGGGUCUGAAGUGGGGAAGGAGACAGAACACCCCUCUUUUUAGCAUUGAUGAUGAUACCUAGUAGGGUCAUGAAACAUCUGCAAGAAAACCACCCAAGGACCCCACAGUUCGUCCCUGAGCUACUAACGGUCUCUACUAUCGGUAUACUACAUGGAUGAUCCAGGCCCCGAGCCAGCCUCUUCUUGCUAGAGGCCUCUUUCCCUGCAGGGAAGCCGUACCAGAGGAAAGGACAAGUGUGCCCUUCUUUCCCCAUGUGCAAAGUGGGUGUGGGUUUCUACUAGGAGCUUUCACGAUCCAUCCAACUCUCGUUGUGCCUGCUGUGAAAUAUCCCCUUUGCAGGCUGGCGCGAAAAGUCUCCUCUUGAUCAAAUGAGGUGCCUUUUUUAAAAAAAAAAAAAAUGAGGGUUAAACUAUAAACUGAUGGAACCACGUGUAAGGUGUGUGUGUGUGUAUAAAAUAAUUCUGCAAAACAAAGUGGGGGAACCGCUCCGUCACCUGGACUAGACGAAAACCACCGGACAAGCGUGAUUUAUGAUGUUUUUGAACAUGCUCACCUGUGGGAUCCUUCAACGUCUCCAAGAAAAUAGCCUGCAAAUCGAUCUGUUGAUCCGGAAGGAGAAUUUGCUGCUUCUGGGUCAGUGGAUCACUGCAGAAAAAGUUUAGGUUAGGUUUGUCCAAUCUUGGCGCUUUUAAGACCUGUGGA